GCUCGUGUUCUGUGAUCCCUCGAGACUGGUGCGGCUAACGAGAGUGCCUGGGCUCGUUAGGGGUCUCGAGUUGAAGUGAAUGAAUCCCGAGACGCAAACUUCAGAGGACUAAUUAACCCGAGGAAGCAAGGAAGCGAAGGAGAGACGUGGAGAGAGAGAGAGAGAGAAUAAAAAGUGUGCAGAGAGAAAAGAAAAACUGAUUAAAAGGGAACAAAAGAUAAAAAAUAAAGACCACGAAGACUGUAACAGGUGUGUGAGUGUGGGUUGUUAUAAGUUUACGUACAGAUAUUACGUACACAAACCAAGAACAAGAUAAAAGAAACUCAGUGUGUGGGUGCAUUGCUCACACUUUGGAUAACCCGAGCAGUGAGUGAAAACGGGAAGGAAAAUUAGGAAAGAAGGAAAGAAAACCAUCAUCAGUAUAUACAAGGAAAACAAAAAGCAAGCAAACAUUCGCAAUAAGAAAUUCCCAACGUGCGUACAGUGAAGUCACCGUUCUGGGAGUGAGUGUUCGUGGAGUGGAGUGAGUAAUACGGUGGAGGAGAGCAGAGGAGAGCGGAGCAGUGUUAGUGGUGGUUCUGCCGGUGGUGUGGUGACGUCCAGUGUUCCUGCUGUGUUCAUUGACUGUGGGAGUGUGUCUGUGUGUGUGUUGAGACUCCGCCUAGCUACAGCCUCCCCGUGAUCAGUCUCCGCCAGCCACCAGCCAGUCAGUCAGUCAGUCAGCGCGCGUUGGUGCCGGUGCAGUGACCAUGGUGCCCACGAGUGCCUGACUAGCAACCACGAGCGGCCCUUGCCUACUCGGGGCGAGGGAGGACCCGUGCAAGAAGAUAGGUAUUGCACGAGGUGGCGGUGGUGGUGGGGGAGAAGGAGGCCGAGGGGGAGGAGGAGGAGGAGGCGGGGGCGGGGCAGCGGGGAAAGGUAAACGGGGCACCAAGAGAGUAAGGGACUUUGGCAGCGGGCGUCUGUGCACUUAUGCCCGCGGCUGGUGCCUCACUCUGCCUAUCAUGGACUUCUGGCAGCACUUCUUCGGCCUCUCCCACGAGAACAACAACGUCCCCGUCGUCCACUCAGCGCCCGCCGGGGUGGGCCGGAUGGCGGCGACGGAGGGUCAAAUACGCUUCAGCGGCCACACCCUCGACAAGGCCACCAAGGCGAAGGUGACGCUGGAAAAUUACUACUCCAACCUUAUCGCGCAACACCUGGAGAGGAAACAGAGGCAAGACAAGUUGGAGGAGAGUAUGAAAGAGGAGGGGCUGUCUGAAGACCAGAAACAGGAGAAGAGACAGCAGCAUGCCCAGAAGGAGACAGAGUUUCUCCGCCUCAAGAGAUCUCGGCUUGGUGUUGAGGACUUUGAGGCCCUCAAGGUUAUAGGCAGAGGAGCAUUUGGAGAGGUCCGAUUAGUGCAAAAGAAAGAUACUGGACACAUUUAUGCCAUGAAGAUUUUACGAAAGGCUGACAUGUUGGAGAAGGAACAGGUCGCACACGUGAGGGCUGAGAGAGACGUCUUGGUGGAAGCUGACCACCAGUGGGUCGUCAAGAUGUACUACUCCUUCCAAGACCCCAUCAACCUCUACCUGGUGAUGGAGUUCCUGGCUGGAGGUGACAUGAUGACCCUACUAAUGAAGAAGGACACCUUGUCAGAGGAGUGCACGCAGUUCUACAUCGCUGAAACGGCACUUGCCAUCGACUCCAUUCACAAGCUUGGCUUCAUCCACCGAGACAUCAAGCCCGACAAUCUCCUCCUAGACGCCAGAGGGCACAUAAAGCUGUCUGACUUUGGCCUGUGUACUGGCAUGAAGAAGUCUCACCGCACGGAGUUCUACAAAGACCUAAGUCAAGCUAAACCGUCCGAUUUCACGACCUACUCCAAUGUUCCAGCAUCCAAUCCUAUGGAUUCUAAGCGUCGGGCAGAAAGCUGGAAGAAAAAUCGACGGGCCCUCGCCUACUCCACUGUAGGGACACCAGACUACAUUGCCCCAGAAGUGUUCAUGCAAACUGGCUAUGGACAAAGCUGUGACUGGUGGAGUUUGGGGGUCAUUAUGUAUGAAAUGUUGAUAGGUUACCCUCCAUUCUGUAGUGAAAAUCCUCAGGAAACUUACCGGAAGGUAAUGAGCUGGCGAGAAACAUUAGUGUUCCCUCCUGAGGUUCCCAUCUCGGAGCAGGCCAAAGACACCAUCAUGCGUCUGUGCUGUGAGGCAGACCGCAGGGCAGGCUCUCACCAAGGCAUUGAAGAUCUGAAAAGCAUGAAAUUCUUCCAGCAAGUGGACUGGGAGCACACAAGAGAACGACCUUCAGUAAUAAACGUUGAAGUAAAAUCCAUCGAUGACACAAGCAACUUUGAUGAGUUCCCAGAGGUUGACAUAAAGCUACCUGUUUCCCCACCCGUGAAGGAGGGCGAGGCGGGCUACAAGGACUGGGUCUUCAUCAACUACACUUACAAGCGGUUUGAAGGCCUUACCCAGAGAGGCGUCAUACGUCCAUAGGCAUGCCACGGAGGCCCUUGCAUGGGGCAGAACAAAGAAUGACUACUGGGAUGAAAGAUGGGAGACAGUGGUGGGUCAUGUGCAAGGUUUAUGUGAAAAAACUAACCUGAGCUUGUGAUAAGAUGAGAGGAGUGAUCAAACCUCCAAGUGUGUCAAGGAAUAACAUCAUAAAGACCUCGUGCACUCAGUGUCGGGGUCCCAGCAAGGAUGUCCUGGAAAAGUGUGAUCAUCCAAGAACCAGAGAAAAGAACAAGUAGUCCCUCAGGUGUUAAGACUGUUAUAUUAUUUUUGUUAAUAUAUUGAGCAAUUUUGGCAUUAGUACAUAGGUAUUCCCACUGUCUUAAUCAUGGCACCACUGUACGUGUGGCCCCGGCAGUGCUGUGUGUUGCCGGGGUUGCCGGUGGCCAGCCUGCAGGAGUUCCCACCUCCCCGUGCACUUCCUGAGGCAAGUGCUGGGAGGCCCGUCACCCUCCCUGCCAGGGGAAAGGUUUCUUACCUCAUCAGUGUAAACAUUUAUUUUCUUUCUAUAUUGUAAAAGGGAAAGCCCAGUAAAAGGCAAACUUUUAUUUUCAAAUGUGAUUGGAAACCAAUGUUUCAGUAAUAUUUUUCUGCAUAAUUUGCAUUAUAGUUUUAUUGUGAUUUUAGCUAAGCCUUACAGCUGAUGACAGACUGUGAUAGAAUCCCUGCAAAAAACAUGAAUGAAUUUCUCUUCAGUCAGGACUUAUUCUUUCCUUGAGUUACAUUUUUUCUUUUGAUGUUUUAAGUUACUUUACUUGCAGUUCUUGCUCUUUUUUCUGUGCCUUUCUGAAAAAAAAAAAAUACUAAUUUCAGUUGCUAUAGCAUAGGGUGCCCAGUAAUAUGCAGAAAUACGGAAGUAAUGGAACAUAUGAGGAUCAUGUCAUAUAAAAAAAUAGUUUUGUACAUUGUAAAACAUGUAUAUGGUAGUGUUUGUUAACCCCUCUCAUUUGUAUCUUUACAUUUCAUCUCAUCUCUAGUAUUUAUUUGCUUCAUUUUGCAUCACAUCAAGAUAAGAAUGAGAGCAGAGGUACAUGUGUGAUACAUGUGGAAUUAUAAUUGUUUUAUCAUUUUCAUAAUCCUUGGUAAAUUAAGUUUAUUAUAGAAUCCCUUAGAAGUGAAGGUUGUGAAUGUACUUUUUUUGUUGUUCCAGUUGAAAAUUUGCACUGAGCUUUCAGUGUUUAUCACUUUCAACAAAAAAAAGCAUAUUAGUAAAGAUUCCCUAAGCAGUAGCCUGUUGUAUGGUGUGGUGUGUAUGUUUGCAUGUGUAUGCAUACAUCCAUGCAGAAUGAUCAAUAUUAUGCUUCAGGCACCAAAAGUGUUGCACCCAUGGCAGAAAGCUUGUUUCAUCUUAAUGUAUCUAGAAUUCCAUCAGUUUCCAAGUCUACUAACUUGUCUUCUUGAAUAAAUUUGAAAAUGCCUGAUACAUUCCAGCAGUAAUGUUCUGAAUCACAGGCUUGCCUGAUGCCCAUCGGAUAGAUGUAUUAUUAAAUAAUGUACAAAUGCGUGCACUGUAUUUUCACAUUGAUUGUGUUCUACGUGGAUGUUAGCUAAGUUCUGCUUUCAUAGUUUGGCAAUUUUGUUUUGAAUGAACAAGAAGUUUUGAAUGUUUACAAAAAGAAGAAAAAAAAACUGUUGUCUGCAUAUCAUUUGGUUAGUAGAGUUUGAAUCAAGGACAGUUCAAUGUGCUAUCCAUCACACUAAUCAUUUUCACAGCAAAAUGUACGUCCGGCGCUGCAGCCUCACUACAAUAAAUAACUGCUCUGUGUGAGUUUAAGGUUACCACCAUUUGUGCUGCAGGUUUGUUUUAAUAUUUUAAUGUAUGGGAAUGAGACGUAGACUGUAUGAACAUUUUUAAAAAUUAUAUUUUAAUAUAAAACUAAAGAAUGAGAAAAAGAAAAAGGCUUCAUGAAAUUUUGCUCCCAGGUAGUCACUUUCUGUAGUAUUUUGAGCAUGCAUGUGUGUAGUGUUGAGGCUGUCAGAACCCAAGUUUUGAGAGCAUCAUGUCAGCUCCUCCAGACUUCAUUUCCUGCAAGGCUGUAGGUCUAUCUUUUGACUUGAAGUAGUAGGUAUGAGCAUAUUUUAGUAAUUUUACUGAUUUUAAUGUACAUACCUUUCUGACAUCCUUAGAUUGUGUUGAAUCUACAAAUGCAGUAGCAAUGGAAUGUAGAAAAGUAUUGAAUCAGCUCUGAUGGAAAUAUCCUUAAUUUGUCAGUGGAUGUAAUUAUUGAUAAUAUCUGUGGUUUAUGAAAAUUAUUCUAAGGCAAAAAGUUUCCAGCAUUCACUAUUUGUACUCGGCAGUAAAUGUUUAGACAUCACAUGGUUACAACACUACAACAGUUUUAAAUCUUUCAUGUAAUUAGAUGAAUCAUGUAGAAUUGAUUGUGUUAUAUUAAUCACUUAGGUAAUUAUUCCUAGAAACUAAAGUAAUUUUGAGUUGGAAAUGUGAUUUAUAUUGUAUGGCAGGAGUUAACUUGGAGUAUAUUUAGUAGAUAACUGUCAGUGCUUUUAUGUGUGUGUGUGUGUGUGUGUGUGUGUGUGUGUGUGUGUUCAUGUUUUCAUGUGUGCAUCCAUGUGUGAGUGAUUGCAUGCUUGUGUAUGUGCAAGCAGUACAUAAGGUAUAUAAGGAAACAAACUAUAAUUUUUGUCUAAGACAUUGUGUGUGGAAAGGCUCAGACUUAGGGAUGUGGAAAUACCAGACUCUUUUCAACUCAUCUGGAAUAUUCAACUAAAGGAUAUUUUGAUCCUUAUUCUGUUUGACUUUGAAGCCUCCAUCCCAGUUUGCUGUGUUUGGUGCAGCACCGGCCCGAGAUGUAGUGUUUCCUCAGCAUCUAGUUAGAACCUUAAAGUUUUACUAUCAGUUCUUAGUGGCCCUAAAUGAUAUAUACAUUCCUCAUGGUGUAAGUAAUGACAUGUAUCUGGCAUUGUACAGUAUUUUUUUCUAAGUAAAUCUCCUCAGAGUGAAACGAGUACCGUCCGUGGGACAUGAUGUGGCAUGAAAGGGUUAAAAAAUUAGCCUAGGUCAACACAAUACCGUUGUAUUGAAAAUACUUAAUUUCUUCAGCUAUGGCUGGUUAUCAGGUAUCACAUCGGUAUAGACUGUGUAUUAAUUUUUUUUUAUUAUUUUACUUUUCAAAGUUUUAUGAUCAAACUACUUGGCCUUAGAAACUAUUUUACUAAAAGGAAAUGUGAAGAAUAGCCAGAUUCUUUAACAUUUAUUUGACAAUAUACUUGUAUUUCUGUUAAAUCAAUAGUACUUCUAGGACUGAAUGCUUACCUAAGGACCCCUUUAGUUUGCAGUCCACAAUCCCCAUUGCAGACUGUACAAAACUUUCCAUCAUCCUUUAGGGGUAGUAUCCAGGGAUUGUAGCAGUGGAAGCCAUAAUUUACCCUAAACCAGAAUAAUAACAACUUGCCCAUAAUCACCAUCAGAGCCUUAUUUUCAUUAGUGCAUAACUAUCAAAGUGAGGCCGAAAUUGGGGUUUUUAGGAGAUCUCGUGUAAAUACAUAGACAGUCGUAGCUCCUGUAACUAGUCACCAAUAAAGAGUAAAAUAGUAAAAAA